ACCAUCAGCUCAUCUAAAGUGACAGAAAUGAAUCCUUCAUCUGAGAGAAAUGAAGAGAGAGUUGUUAGAGUGAGCAUCAGUAAUGUGAGUGUGAGAGAUGCUGGAGUUUACUGGUGUGGAGCAGAAACCAGAGACACAUAUCUGACUUUCAUCUCCCUGAACACUAAAAUUCAGCUCAACAUCAUCAUGCCUCCAGUAGUGAGACAUGAAGGAGAAUCUGCUAAGAUCAUCUGCCCUUAUGAUUCAAUCUAUAAAUCAAAGCCAAAGUCUCUCUGUAAGGGGAAGUGCUCCACUAGAGACAGAAAUACUCUCAGUGAGACUGUGAGAGAAGAAAAGGAGAGCAAGACUGGCAGAUUGACUCUGAAUGAUAACGUCACUGCACGUGUCUUCACUGGGACCAUCACUGGACUGACAGCAGAGGAUGCUGGGAAAUACUGGUGUGCAGUGACAUUAGAAACAGACCUCAAUUAUCUUUACACUCAUCUGAUCGUCAUCAUGAACGAGGGUGAGGAAGGUUUCUGCAUCUGA